AGCCUUGAAAGAGCUGUUUGUAAACAACGUGGAUGUGGUAAUUAGAAAUCAUGUUAUUUAUAAAUUACUGAACAUUUGAUUAGCGUUAUUAAUUCAUUCAAUGAAAUCAGACAGUAUGAUAACAUAUCGUUCAAUGGAUUUGCUUGUAAAUAAAUUAUGGAGAUGUGACUCAAUACAUUUUUGACUCAGUCUUCUCUUAAUAUUUAAAAUCUUAAAUUUUUAUAAUUUAACAGUAUACUGUGUCAGUGUCUGUACUGUGUGCACUGUGCAGCAGAGUCUGCAGCACACUGCCACUACUCUCGUGCAGUAUUCAAGUGUGUAGUGAGGAGCCAGUGUAAUUUAAAGUAAAGUUUGAAAUGAAACCAAGAAGAGUGUUCUGGUUCUGGUAAUGUUUCGUUGCUGCAUCCAUGUACUAUGUACUGGCACUGGCAUCUUUGCAACGGUUGGGGAUAUGAUGUUGCUAUUUUAACAGCUCCUAGCUGAUGCCAGGGCAUCCUUGAAGCUUUCCACCAUGUCGAGUUCACAGUGGCAUCGUUCAGGUGGUUCCAUGCUAGUAUUGUGCUGGGAAGAAAGAUUGUUGAUACUGCACUGUGUUGCACUGAGGUACUUUGAAGCAUUUGCUAUUGUUUCUGGUGUAAUUGUUUAUGGGAAUGUCAGUGGUGACGUCAGUGUUCAGUGAGCGUUUUGCUCUGAUCAGUCUACCCGGCUUCUGUGGGGUGAGGUACGUGCCUGCUGGGAUGGCCGGCACCAGUCCCAUGAUCACUUUAUUUGAGAAUAUCAGGCGGAGUCCCUCUCGCCUGUCUUUAAGGGGUGGGAUGUCAAAUCUUUUUAAGAGGCCAGUGACGAAGCCAUGAGUGGUGGAUUUGUAGUCUCGAACGAUAAAACGCAUUACGUUGAAUUCGCUCCAUCGUGUCCAUGUCUUGCUUAAGGUGUGGGUCCCAGAUGAUCGCACCAUAUUCCAAUAGUGUAAAGUGCUAAGCCAAAUAGUACCGUACUCUUCUUAGUUUUAAGACUUCUUCUACUGGCCAUUGGCAGACUAUUGCACUUGCACUAUUGACUAUUGAAUUGGCAAUUUGAAUUGGCUCCUCUUCUAAUUCUCAUAAACUUAAUUAAUCAGUUCUUUUGCAAUUAUUAUUCUAAUAAUAGGAGUCAAACUGAGUUACUACUUUCUUUUUUUAUUUUUACCCCAUUAGGACCUUAAAUAGAGAGUUUAGUCUGAAUUAAUAAUAAUAAUAAUAUGUUAGUAAGUAUAGGCCUAACCAAGUCUUAUACUGGCCCUGUUACUGUUAUUGUUAAUGAUUGUUAAUCUUAGAUUCUUAGGUUAAAGACAUUGGUGACUUGGUCCUACUUAUAAGCUUCUUACUACUUAGAUUAGUACUUACUUACUCUUAGUUAGCUAGGCCUACUGCUGACUCUCACACUCAGUGUGUCAGGAAUAAGACCUGUGGAUGCCCCUAGGCAGUAGAGAAAUAAAUAGUGCCGUACCAAGAUAGUGUUUGCCAACUACCUAAAUUGUAUAAAUUGAUGUAUGUGCCAUAGGCAUUAUGACAUUGUCAUAAUGAAAAUUCUGACAACCCCUGCAAUGUAAAAUGCAAUAAAGAGCAAUAAUUAGUAACCAAUAAUUUUCAAGACGCAAAGUUUAAAAUUCAUGUGGUGCUUCACUAUAUUAAAUAGAAUAUGUUCAUGCACCUAACUAAGCAUGUGGUGUACCCCAACUGUAAGGGUUGCCGCAACGAAAUUUAGCAUUCUGGAGUUUUCAAAGAUGAAAGAUCACAUUCUGUAAAACUUUAUUAGCUGAACCAGUUUGCUCUAGAGCCAAAUUUUUAUUUUAUUUUUGGACCCAAUGAUGGGGGCUGGAAACUGGUUUGAUGACUUUUUCCAGGAAUUUCAAUUUUUUCAAACUUUUUUGUUCAGCAUGGUAGUUUAUCAGAGUUGACUCUGCAACAUGCUGGACCAAAUAAUUUUCCAAAAUCUGUACGCAAGGCCUGGCAGGGGUUAAAAAAAUUUGACAUUUGUUAUCUAUGCUGCCAUUAAAUAUUUGUGACAAGGGUGGCUAAUUUUAUUUCUUAAUUUUUUAAUGAUUUAUAAUGAGGGAGUGGGGUGGGGAAGGUAAAAAAUGAUCCAAAAUAAGUAAACAAAAUUUAACGGUUCAUACGUAAGAAAUUUCAGUAUUGUACAUAUAAUUAAUUAAAUAGGCUUUUAGAUUUAAAGAUUGAAAAGUAUAAUUAAAGUCCCCAAAACGAUACUUUAACCUUGUUAUAUAUGGAGAUUUCUAUCACUACUGUACAUUACGUCACAACAACUUCGUUCAAACUAAAAAGUUGGAUCUUUUGAUGAUGGGCCCUCAUAAAUUUUAUUUAUUUAUUUAGGCAUUUUUAUAUAGCGCUUACCUUAAAGCUCUAAGCGCUUUACAAUGAUUAAAAACAUGUAAACUAAUUAAAAUAAAAAUGAGACAUUAGGAUACUAACUACUAUACUAUAGAAACAAUUAAAAUGGCUAUAAAACGAGGACACUUUGGCACGUUUUGGCCUAUACUACAGGAUUAACCCGAGACAGAAAAUGAGGCAGGGCAAGGAGGGUGCAUCACAGGUCAUAGGCGGACCUAAACAGAUGGGUUUUAAGGGACUUUUUAAAAGUGGACGAGGUUUCACAAUGACGGAUAUGGAAGGGGAGCUGGUUCCAGAACGUGGGCCCAUGGAAGUAGAAGGAGCGUAUUAUAUGAAUAUAUGCCUCAUUUGCCUCUUUUUUUUUACUUUACAAAGCCUUUAGUGACAAUGAUUGGGGGGAGGGGGUAAAAAUCUGCCAAAGCAGUGUGACAUCCUUUGUGGAUGGCUAGCUCAAUACUCUUAAAACUUCCUUUGACUAGUUUUACAGACAUAACAGUGGUUUGGCCAAUGGCAUGAAUGGGGAGUCAGAAAUUUUGGACAAGAGAGUGGCGAGGAAGCAGAAUAUUUUUUAGGUGUAAAUUUGUAUGGCUUAAGGUGGGUGGAGUAUAUUUCUAUUAUAAAUAAAAAUUAUUCUUAUAAAAAUUUAAAGUAUAACAAGGGGAAGAAUGUUAUCAAGUUGUGCAAUAGGAAAUAUUAUGAAUCAUAGGGUAGAGAAGAUGAAACACACAACAAAAUGUCUGUAUUAUUUUAUAACUUAGCUGAAGAAGGCUUUUUGAAGAAAUAUAUGUUGUAAUGUUUCACAUGAUUUUUAUGCUAGGUCAAUCAGUUUGAAGAAUUACUUUUUCUAACCUCUCAAAUAUUUCAAUAUACUAUUUGAAAAGGUCAGCGAAAGUAAUAUAUGUUUUUUACUUUAUUAUUGCAGGCUUUGAAUAGAGAAGAAUACUCAUGGCAGGAAGACUAAAAUUGUGGUAUACAGAUCAAUUAGCAAAGAACUUACGACUUCCACAGAAAGGAGUUUUUGGAUGGAUCACAACUGUAAUUAUUAUAUUAUUUUUAUAAGACUAAAUUAUAACUGACCAUGGGUUAAAAUUAUGUAAAUAAUAAUUUUGUAAUGAAAUAACUGUCUCAAUUCAAUUAAUGCUUAGGUGCCACUUUAAUUUUCUUUUUGCAAUUUAUAUGAAGAGUUGGGUUGUGAUCUGCAGUUUGAGAAACAGUUAAUCUUAGGUAAUCUGUUCAAUUUUGAGCAGUCAUUUUUUAAAAUGGUAAUUUAACUUUUUUGUUGUUGUUUUUUUUGCCAGCAAUUCCUGAUAAGGCGUAACAGAUUUUUGGAAGAGAAUGCUGUACGUCUGUGUAAAAUAAAGCCUGACCAUCAUGUGUUAGAAAUAGGUUUUGGUCCAGGUCUUGGACUUGAAGCUGCUCAUAAAAUCACUAAAAGUAAGUUUUCAUGUUCAUCUAAUGUACUAUUGUCAUGCUCCAGAUAUUUGAUUGGUUUAAUUUAAUUCAUUAGAUUCUUUUACACAUUGUUCAUAAGUCGUAAUAACACCAAAUUAAUCACCAGUUUUUUUUUUCAUUAGCAUUGAAUCUUUAAUCUAUAAAUAUAUCUAACAGGUUGUACAUUUAAUUAAACAAAUGUAUAGUGCAGCUUGCUAUAAAAGAGAAUAAUACACAACUAUCUGCUACAAAGUUCUUUAAAUGACUGAUGACAAAUAUGCACUUACCCAAAGACAGUCUAGGCAAUAGUCAUAAUUACCAUAAAAAUAGUCACCAAGUUAAUGGGGGAAGGUCCUUCAUUAACUACUUACUCGCUCAAAAACACACAGCGCGCAAUAAAACACAAUAUCCUGUGGGCAACAAUUACUAGUGAAUUUCCUUAUUAACAACUAUUAGGUUUCACUGAAACAUUUGUGAACACAGUCUAUGAGACAUCUAAGUUAGAUUUAAAUUUAUUCUGUCUUGAAUUGAAUUGUAUAAUUUAAUGUUAGAAAUAUUUGAAUAAUAUCCAUGUACACUUUAAAACCUGCAUAUCUCCUAGUCAAACUUUAAGAUGUAAUUUUUAUUUUAUCUGAAUUCUUUCAGAAACUUAUAUGCUCAUAUUUUCAAAAAUAUUUUAAAAUCCUAAUGAGUAAUGUGCUGCACUCUCUUUAACUUGUUUGUUAAUUUGUGCUUAUCAUUUACUUUUAAACAUAAAAAUCACAAAGAAUAUUAUUUCCCUUGUAUUAUAAUAUAUCAUUAUUUAAUUAUUUAAUGACCAUAGCCUAAAAUCUAUUGUAAACAUUAAAUGAAAAAAAAAAAAUUCAAUCAGAAGGAAAAAAACAAUGAUAUAUUAUUGAACUGUUAUUUUUCCUAAGAGUAAUAGUCACUGCUGUCAUCAUACUUUAAUUUAUAUAUAAAAAUUAGUCAGUAAUUCUCAAAAUUCUCAUUGUUGCUUACCACUGCAAUAGGGUCCAAUUUAUUGAUGACUGAUCAAUUUGAAGGAUCUUACAUUUUUUACACUUUGGAGACCACCAAAUAGGUGAUUGUAAACCAACAUUCAAGGAAAACAAUUGGGUAUACAACCUAAUCUCUUGAUUGUUUCUUUAAUAAUCCAUGUAACAUCAUUUAUUAAUGUCUUCUUCUUCUUUUUUCAAUAUUCUUUAGAUGGUAAAGGAAAAGUGUAUGGCAUUGAUCCUUCAUUUUACAUGGUGAACAUUGCCAGUAAAAAGCUGGAUAAAGCGAUUAAAGACAAAAAAGUCUUGCUUUUUCAUGGCAGCGCAACAAAUAUCCCUUUAAACACUGACUCAGUGCAUCGUGUUUUUCAUUGUAAUUGUUAUUACUUCUGGCCAACCAUGAGAUCAGUUAUGAGAGAGAUUUACAGAGUUAUGAAACCUGGUGGAAUCAUGGUCACAACAUUGAGUAUAGAUAACUUAAAAGAAUCACAGGUUUGUUAACAAAUCAAACAUAAGUGAAAUAUGAAGUUUGCAUUUUAAUAGUCUGAUUAGGCUCAUUUUUUUUAGAAGCACCAUUUAGAAGUUUCUUAAUACAAUUUCUUUCGUAAUUUAUAGUUUUUAAGACUGGUCUUACCAUACUUGGUUCGAAAUAGAAUAAUUUUAAAAUUAUAAUAUUUUGUAUAUUUCUGCAGACAAAUAUGUUGGUUUUUUUUAUUUCUCGUAUGAGGUUACAGAGUUUGUCAACCAAAUUUUCAUAAUGAAUGAGUGCAUAAACUUAACUUAUCAUUUUUACCUUUACAAUUGCAGAGGAAGGGUUUUUUGAAAGAUGGCCAUCCUGAUCCAGUUAAAUAUUUGACAUGUCUUGAGAAUUAUGGGUUUGAAAAUGUUCGUUUAGAAUAUCACAAAGACCCAAGAACAGGUAUGUUACAGAGUGCAUUGAAUUUCUUUAUGAACUAUUUAUUUUAGAAAAGUGGGUCCUGAGGAUAUAGACAACCAUGCACUGGGGAGGGUGGUUUUAAUGAGGUGUACGUAGUAGGAUAAAGAGCAGCCAAAAGUGACAGAAAUGUUUUUCAUUAAAUAAAUAUGUAAAUGGCACAAUGGUAACUUUUUCUGCAUCUAGGUCAGGAGUUAGCUGGUUCGAAUUGGACUGGGGUCAUCCCCAGCUAGUGGUAAUGAGUCAUAUGGAAUGGGCAUGUCAUUUAAGUAAUGCAAUCUACUUUAGUGUGAGAGGUAAACCUUUGUUAAAAAAACGGCUAAUUACAGAAGACAGUGACCAGCUUGGCAAAUUUGUUGAAGAAUCUGCUAUCUACCCGAAAUUACAAAUGUCUUACCAGUUACAGCUACCAGAAUGAAUGCUGAAUAUUAAAAUAGACGUGAAUGAAGAAUCAUAGGCAAAAAAAUCCUUUUUUUCAAAAUCCUAUGAAACUUUUAAAGCUAUAAAAUAUAAAAUAGGAAUUUGUUUCUUAGAAAAACAAAUCAUGUUACACAAGGGUCUUAAAUUCUAAUCAUCCGGGGGCCGCAGGAGGCAGAGUCUGAGUGAGACUGGGCCGCAUCAAGUAUUCCACAAAAAAGCGAAUAAAAAUUCAUUAAAGUAAAAAUGUUACAAUCUGCUCAAACUUUAUCAAAAACAUAAGCUUUAAGGGUUCUCAAGAACUCGGCUUCACUUUCUUCCUCCUACUGCUUGUUGCCAGAGACCUGACAGCGCAAGUGACCAAGCUGAAUGGUUCGGAAUUUCCCUCUCUCGUAAACAUUAGCGGCAAUUUUAAUAGGGAUUCUUGGAUAUUGUGUCAGAUUGCUACGAUUUACACAAUUGUGGUUGUUCAAUACCCACUAACUGACUUUUUAAAAUUUUGAAAUAUGUGUAUAUAUAUAUGACUGAAACCGUCAUGGGGGGUCACAUUAUAGAUAUGACAAUGGGGAAACCGCGCGGAGCCGCAUUAACACUAAAUAUUCUGUCAUGUUGCGGGACGCAAAAUAUCAUCUUGCAGGUCACAAAUGGCCCGCUGACCGUGAGUUUGAGACCCCUGAUGUUACAAGUUUCAUUAGGGUCUCAGAUUAAAUGUUGGUAAAAGUAGUUUCAAACUAAUUUUUUGAAAAUAUUGGAAAAUUAUUUACAAAUUGUUAAUUUUAAACUUAUUAUUGAAGUUAUUUAAUUAUACUAUGAUAAUUUCAAGAAUUACUUUAGUGCUUGAAUUUAUGUUUUUGUGUAUCUUACAUGGUUGUUGUCAGUUUCUAGUUAACCUAAACAAAUUUUGUUCAAUGGUUUUUAGAAAUAUAACCAGCCUUUCCAUCUUUUGCAUACAUCUAAACAGGAAAAGAAUUUCAAGCCAUCUUUUCUGAAGUGCUAGAAAAGCCUGCCCAUGAUACAUCUAUGUUAAGUGACGAUGAGGAUGAUGAGAUGACAGAGGAGGUGGAACAUUUACUGAAGGACAAGAAAGAUUAUGCACAAUAUGCCCAUGAGAAACCUGUUAUGGGCCUUAAUGUAGAAUAUGAAAAAUUAAAAAAGAAACAACCAACAUGAGAAUUAUUUAACUAAUUAGUAGUAAAAAAAUUAAUUGACCUGUAGGAGCUUUUGCUGUAGGAGUAAUUUGCAGGAGUGAAAUGACUGCAUAACAAGUUAAGAGGUUAUUUCAUUCCUGUAUAUUACUUGUAGUGACUGCAAUGUUUUGUGUUAAAAAUUGUUCUCUCUUCAAGCCCCUGAUAUGAGUGGUUGUUGUUUAUUUACUGUGGCAAAUAAACCAGAUACCACUACUAAUUUAAUAUAUUUUGUUCUCAUUGAUUUGUAAUUAUUUCAAUUAACAUGUCAUUGAAAAAGUUUUAUGAAUAAAAAAACAUUGAGACUUGUAAAAUAA